ACACACACUCCUUUACUUGAUUCCUAUGAGUCAUUGAAUCUAAUUCCAAACCUCUAACUUCUAAGCACCUCUCUUUAGUCUCUCCUUUCUUCUCUCUCUCUCUCUUUUAAAUUAUCUGUAUAGCUAGUGAAAGAGCAUCUAUGUAUUUCUUAUAUGUUAUUGUUAGGUAAUAGAUAGAUACAAGAACAAACCCUUUGUUUUUCAUAUAUGAUGAGCUGUUAAGGUUUGACUUUCCUUGUCUCUUAAAAUCAAAAUAGACAAAGAAUUUAAUAAUCAUUCUUCUAUUUGCUAAAAUUUCCCAGCAAGUUGCAAGAAGAAGUUGCAAGAAUCAGUCAAUUGCGUUCUGUAAGAAGCAAACUUUGAGCUUUAAAUUGAAUUUCUCUUAUCUGAGUCACAUCAACAAGGCCACCACCUUAUUUUCUUUAUUAUCUGGGUUUGAGUGUCUCUUGUACUUCGCUGUAAAAAAUAUCAGCAAUUCUGGCUAAUCCGUGGUGGGCCGAUCAACAGGUAGGAUUGUCUGGGGUGGUGGAUCAUCACCACCACCCAUCAGACAAUUCACCUGGUGUAAACAAACGCCACCACGCGGAACUUUUCAUCAAUGAAACCAAAAGAAGAGAAUUAGACGAAGAUGAAGAAAGAGACGACGACGAACCAAAAGAAGGUGCUGUCGAAAUCGGAAACAGAAGACCGAGAGGAAGACCACCAGGUUCAAAAAACAAACCAAAACCACCUAUCUUUAUAACAAGAGACAGUCCAAAUUCACUAAAAAGCCAUGUGAUGGAAGUAUCCUCCGGAGCCGAUGUAGCCGAGAGCGUAGCUCAGUUUGCAAGAAGGCGACAGCGCGGAGUUUGUGUCUUGAGCGGCAGCGGAUCAGUAGCAAAUGUUACCCUCAGACAACCAGCAGCACCAGGAGCUGUUGUAGCACUUCAUGGAAGGUUCGAGAUUCUAUCGUUAACCGGAGCUUUUCUACCAGGUCCGGCUCCUCCCGGUGCUACCGGACUCACAGUUUACUUAGCUGGUGGACAAGGGCAGGUUGUUGGCGGAAGUGUUGUUGGAUCUUUGAUUGCUGCUGGACCUGUUAUAGUUAUCGCCGCUACUUUUGCUAAUGCUACUUACGAGAGAUUACCACUUGAGGAGGAAGAAGACGAUGACGGAGGCGGGAUUCACGGAGGACAUCAUGUUGGUGGUAAUAAUAAUAACUCAUCUCCUCCAGGAAUUGGAAGCGGCGGCGGCAGUGGCGGUGGUGUGGGACAUAUGCAGUCUGGCCUUCCAGAUCCAUCUUCUUUGCCUUUGUAUAACCUGCCACCAAAUCUUCUCCCUAAUGGUGGCCAUGUGGGACAUGAAGCUUUUCCAUGGCCUCAUGGAAUUAGGCCACCAUACUGAAACAAAUGAUAUGAAUCUGAUGACAUGAAAUUGGAUAUUUAUAUAGUUAUAUUAUAUUGUAGUGUUUGUUUGUGAUAAAAUGUGAUGAGAAGUGAGAAGAGGAAGCAAUGUUAUAUUAUAAUUUAUCCAUCACUCUCUCUAUGUAUGUGUAUAUGAUUAUUAUUAAGUAACAACUUUCUGUAUGUUUCUCUUUUGGUUCUGUGUUUUGGAAUAAAAAAGAUGAUGAUGGGUUUUUUGAUGUUA